UCCUGGCUAGUCCUGGGGCGGGCAGGGCCGCGCCAUCGGCGGCCCAAACUUGUACCCGCAGCCACGCAGUAGCCCAAUUGCGAAGAGCUUUCGCCUUUGCACCUCCUCUUCCCCUCUUGCCCUCCCUCUUGCGCGGAGAGGACCGCCCCGGUUCCAGACUCUGGGCUGCUUUAUUCUUUGGCCGAGGGUCAUAAACUGAAAUACGGACUGUCUCAUUUUCUCCACCCAGACUCAGGCACCGGAGCGCCGUUUUCCAAAUUGUUUUUAAUUGCACCUGCCUCGGAGAUUACCUCUGGGAGGUUGUGGGAGGAGCCUAGAGGGUGGAAAAUGCUGCCUCGCUUUGUAAAAGGAAGAAAACUUUGUCACACAGCAGAAGACCGCUGCCACGCGUAACCAGCACAAGCGCGGGCUUCGACUCCGACUUUGCACCCGAUGGUUCUGUAGGAGAAAGAGGGCGCCGAACUCUGCGCUCCCUGGACCGCCAGUCCUCGGGUGUCGUGGCGCGAGUUCCCCGCUCCACCCCUUCCCCGCGGAAGUCCCCACGCCGUGUCUUCACGGGGGAAAGACAGUCAUAAAGAGCGCGUGGUUUGGGACCAACCCCAGAGGCUGGACAAGGCAGAGGGGGACUGAACCCCAGGAAAGAGUCCCCGGCUUAACUUCUGGUUAAAGUUAUGGGAAGCGCGGCCAUGGACACCAAGAAGAAGAAAGAGGUUUCCAGCUCCGGCGGGAGCGGCGGCAAGAAGAAUCCCAGCCAGAAGAGGCGAUCGCUGCGAGUGCACAUUCCGGAUCUGAGUUCCUUUGCCAUGCCACUCCUCGAUGGAGACCUGGAUAGUUCGGAAAAGCAUUCCUCCCGUAAGGUGGACAGCCCCCUCGGCUCAGCCAGCCCCUCCAGAGGGCUCUUCUCCAGAGGUCCCCAGGCCCGGCCAUCCAGCCCCGUGUCUGCUCCCGUGAGACCCAAGACCAGCCCGGGCUCUCCCAAAACUGUGUUCCCGUUCUCCUACCAGGAGUCCCCACCGCGCUCACCACGCCGAAUGAGCUUCAGCGGGAUCUUCCGCUCCUCAUCCAAAGAGUCUUCGCCCAACUCCAACCCAUCUACCUCACCCGGGGGCAUCAGGUUCUUCUCCCGCUCCAGAAAAACCUCCAGUGUCUCCUCUUCCCCAUCCACACCCACCCAAGUGACCAAGCAGCACACGUUUCCCCUCGAGUCCUACAAGCAGGAGCCCGAGCGCCUGGAAAAUCGCAUCUAUGCCUCCUCACCUCCAGACACCGGCCAGCGCUUCUGCCUGGCCUUCCAGAGCCCAGCCCGGCCACCACUGGCCUCCCCCACGCACCAUGCUGCACCCAGGACGGGGCAGAAGUCAGGUGGUAGAGUGACUGUGCGAUGUUGGAGUCUGGACAGAACGUGUGGACAGCUUCAUCAUGAAGUCAGGUUGGAAGAGGAGACGGGCCUGGAGACUGGGGCUGGAGGAGGCCAAGAAGUCACUUUCUCUGAAGGGCUGCGUGUCUGCAACACCAUACAGACCGCAAAGCCUAGAAAUUUCCUGCUGGCCUUUCUUCAGAAGGAGUUUGCCAAUCCCAUCUCAUGCCAAGGCUUCCUUGUCACUGCUAUCUGGUUCAUUGUCACAAUGUCCAGUGAGAGCGGAGAUUGCGUCUGUGGCUCUGAUGACCACGAUGCACAGUCCCAGUACAGACCUCUCCAGCACCCACUUUCCCUGCUGCAGUUGGAGACAUUGUCUGUUGUCAUCUGUGUGGUCCUAUCACACUCGGGCCUCACACCUUCAGAGAUCCCUGUUGCCUUUGUUGCCUCUGUGUUGAAGUCACGUUUCUUAGCAUGUUGUCUGGUGUCCUCUUUCUUUCUCUUCCUUCUUUUACCUCUGUUUCCCUCUAGCUCUCCUGGCUGUCUUCAAGGUCCCCCAGGCUGCCUGCCAGGCUGUCUGGGCAUCAGAGAGACCUGUACCCUCUCCUUUUGGCCACCUGCUCAUUUCCAAGUCCUCGGCUCACUGUGGUUUCUCAGGGAAGCUGUCUUGGCCCCAGCAGAAGACUCAGAAAGUGGUGUUUACAUGCGAUUCAUGAGGUCACACAAGUGUUACGACAUCGUUCCAACUAGUUCAAAGCUUGUUGUCUUUGACACUACAUUACAAGUGAAAAAGGCCUUUUUUGCUUUGGUAGCCAAUGGUGUCCGAGCAGCGCCACUGUGGGAGAGUAAAAAGCAGAGUUUUGUAGGAAUGCUAACAAUCACAGAUUUCAUAAAUAUACUACAUAGAUACUAUAAAUCACCUAUGGUACAGAUUUAUGAAUUAGAGGAACAUAAAAUUGAAACAUGGAGGGAGCUUUAUUUACAAGAAACAUUUAAGCCUUUAGUGAAUAUAUCUCCAGAUGCAAGCCUCUUCGACGCUGUAUACUCGUUGAUCAAAAAUAAAAUCCACAGAUUGCCAGUCAUUGACCCUAUCAGUGGGAAUGCACUUUAUAUCCUUACCCACAAAAGAAUCCUCAAGUUCCUCCAGCUUUUUAUGUCCGACAUGCCAAAGCCCGCCUUCAUGAAGCAGAACCUGCAGGAGCUGGGGAUAGGAACCUACCGCAACAUUGCCUUCAUCCACCCAGACACGCCCAUCAUCAAAGCCCUGAACAUAUUUGUGGAGAGACGGAUAUCAGCGCUACCUGUAGUGGAUGAAUCAGGAAAAGUUGUAGAUAUUUAUUCCAAAUUUGAUGUAAUUAAUCUUGCUGCUGAGAAAACCUACAAUAACCUGGACAUCACCGUGACACAGGCUCUGCAGCACCGAUCGCAGUAUUUCGAAGGUGUGGUGAAGUGCAGUAAGCUGGAAACACUGGAGACCAUUGUGGACAGGAUAGUGAGAGCCGAGGUACAUCGGCUGGUGGUGGUGAACGAGGCCGACAGUAUUGUGGGCAUCAUUUCUCUGUCUGACAUCCUGCAAGCCCUGGUCCUCACACCGGCAGGUACAGCGCCAAAGGAGACAGAAGCAGAAUGACCCCUGUGAAUGAAGACACCCUCGCAGGAGAACCUAAAGUUUCUGGCUCGUCUUGCCACACGAACACUGGCUGCAACAGAAGAGAGGAAAGUGACUAAGAAUGUAUAUCAGGGUUUAGCAAUGGGUAUUUUUUUCCAGUGAUGUAAUAAAAAACAAAAAAGAUUUUCUGUCCUCGAAGUUGCAGGCUUUCGUUGAGAGACUGUUUUCAGACAUUCGUCUGAAGGAUUUCAAAUGCUGUAUGUCAUUAAAGUGCACUGUGUCCUGAAAUUCUCCUAAUUUUUCAUUUCAAAGAAUGCACUGGUUUGGGACAGGUGAUGCGACAUAAGGUGAGUGUGUGACACUCUCAGAUCCCAGUGCCUUAUGUCCAAACCAGCAAUAUGUGACCGCUGCUGCCGCCAGCCGAGCACAGGGAGCAACGCCCAGCUCGAAUGUGGAAGUCUGAACAUCCUACCAAACCAGUCAUUUCCGUCAGACUUGCUGAAAAGUCAAAAGCUGAAUAUAAGUAAUGACAAUUUCUGUGACACUUUUUCUGUUUGAAGUGCUUCUGUUCUGAGCUACCCUGUGAACAAGGCUGCUUGACAACAGCUCUAUUUAUUUUUAUUUCCAUACAGUUUUUCUUUUCACACAUCUUUUGAUUGGGAAACUUCACCGAGUCUGUUAAUAAACUUGGUUCCUGUUUGAAAAUAGCCAAUUUCUCAUAAUUUAAGGAUCUGACAGGAGAUGACUUCUAAAGUAGCCACCGUGGGGUUCUUAAAAGCAAGUGUGGAAAUGGGAACCAAGUGCCAGAGAUGUUUGGGGGGGGGUUGUUUUAUAAAAUCAUGAUGUUUGUACAACUGCCAAAAAGAUUGUACAUUUUAUUGUGGCACCUACAGUAUUGUCAUGCUGUUGAAGGAAACCAGGGUUUCCUCAUUGUGAGUGCUUGGCAAAUGUUAACACUGUAUAAAUAUGGGGAGAAUUCGAGGUUUUGUUUUUUGAGGGGUUUCUUUUUUUCAGACUGAAAAAUUAAAAUAAAUCCUACUAUCAACCAUUCUGUUAAAGUUC